CGUGUACACUGCUUUGCUAAAAUAACUGAAGCUAUGAUAUUUUAUCAAAGCCUAGAAUGAAAAUUAGGAGAAAGAAUGAACAAUUAGCUAGAUGUGGUUCCUUUGCUGCAUGACUUAAGUGCUUUUAGCACCUAGUUAUUACAGCAUAUUCACAGCGAUGUUACAGUGUAAUCAACAUUUCUGUAAACAUACAGUAAUACCAAAAUAUAUGGGUAUGGGGGCAACGUGACAUAUUGUUUGGGUUGGAUUUCCUUUUACACCAUGACAGCUGACCCUUUUACACCUUUUAAUGUUUGUUAACUCGGUAAUAUCCUAACGUCAGUAAUGUAUACAUCAACUGUAAGAAUUAACGCUGACGGGUUUUUUGUGACUUUUGAUAGCCUAUGGUUUUGUCUCAUGUGAAAGCAGUCCAGAAGUCAAGACCAAUGAAGAGCCAUGAAUCACGAAGCAGAAAGAUUAUUAUUGGAGUGUGUAUGGUUAUAAGAAAAGAGAUUGAGAGAGAACUAGCUCUAUCUUAUCAGUUAGGGCGCACGGUGACUUAAUGUUUAGCACGUUCGCCUCACACCUCCAGGAUUGGGGGUUUGAUUGUGCAGAGUUUGUGUCUCCGGGUACUCCGGCUUCCUCCCCCAGUCCAAAGAUAUGCAUGGUAGGCUGAUUGGCACGUCCAAAGUGUCUGUAAUGUGUAUGUGAGUGUGCCCUGCGAUGGAUUGGCACCCUGUCCAGGGUGUACCCUGCCUUGUACCCAAUGCUCCCUGGGAUAUGCUCCAGGAUCCUCGUGACCCUGUAGGAUAAGCGGUAUAGAAGUGGAUGGAUGGAUGGAUGGAUCUUCUCGGUUACUAUUUGCACUUCAUACGUUUGAGCACCAGAUGGCGGUAGCGUGUUUUAAAACAUCGGAUAAUGAGUUGUAUUGGAAAAACGUUUGUGAGGAAAGUCUAAUUACUUCAGAAAGUUAAUGUUGGCGUCACUAGAAUUUUAACUCUGUAAAUACGCCGUGCUGUUUACCCUGCUUUUGUUUACUUCCGGUUUCUAAACCCGGAAGUGUGAAAAGAGUCCCUUCUAGUUUGUUUACAUUCCUUCUCCAGAACUGACCCGCUUGAACAAUAUUCUCCCUGACAACAGUGGACAGUGUGUCGACAUUUUAACGAUUUGCAGCCGUUCUUUGUUUUUUAAAGGACCGUAAUGGACCUUCAGGAAUACUUCAGAAGGAUCGGGUUCGGCGGGACGUACGAGAAACCCGAUCUGGCCACGCUCCGCACCGUCCACGAGCUGCACGUGAUGAGCGUUCCCUUCGAGAACCUCAGCAUCCACUGUGGAGAGAGGAACACCAUGGACCUGCAGAUCAUUUAUGAGAAGAUUGUGAGAAACCGUCGUGGAGGAUGGUGCUGUGAAAACAACCUGCUCUUCUCCUGGGUGCUGAGAGAGAUGGGCUACAAAUACACCACGCUGGGCUCUAGAGUCUUCAAAACGUUCAAAAAUGACUUCGGCCCCUUGGAUUCACACCUCAUUAACAUGGUGGAGAUCGAAGGCAAGCCGUAUAUCGCAGACGUGAGUUUUGGAGUGUCGUACCAAAUCUGGUACCCGUUAGAAAUGAUCGCAGGGAAAGAUCAAGAGCAGCCGGCGGGGAUUUUCCGCCUGUUGAACGACGGUGAGAAGUGGAUGCUGGAGAAGACUGGAAGGAAGCCGCUGGUCCAGAAUGAAGCCUUCGCCAAUUCCAGCCUCAUUGACAAGCGCCUGACGACGAUGCUGUACUCUUUUGUGUUAACACCGCGUGAGAUUGACCAUUUUCUGAACACAAGCGAGUACCUGCAGACCAGCCCCGAGUCUCUGUUCACCCAGAAAUCCAUUUGUUCCCUCCAGACCUCCACUGGAUUCAGAGCUCUGAUUGGUUGGACCUUCAGUGAAGUCACAUUCAACCCUGAGGAAGAUACAGACAUGUAUGAGAUGAGAGAUCUAGCUGACAGCGAGAUAGAGACUAUACUCAAGGAAAAGUUUAAUAUCGUUUUAAUUAAUAAACUGACACCAAUAAACAACAAAGCUGCAAAUAAUCUGUAGAACAUGGUGUGUACACAAUGUGCAGAUUUUUGUAUAAGGCCCUAGAUCAUAUUCUCAGUCUUUUGGGCAAACAAACCCAAUUUUAAUAUAGCUUUACACAGAUUAUAAUCUGAAAAGUGGGCCGUCGUUUGCACCACAACUCUGCUACACAUGGUUUCGCUUGUAAAUCCAUAUUCAGUCAUCGUUUCAGCAUAUUUAUGUUAGUUUUCUUGACUUCUUUUGCUCCAGUGAGUCGGAGUAACUAGGGACAACUUUAAUUUUCCCUCUGAGGGAAUCUAUAAAGGUUCCAGACAGAACCUUACAACAAAGAGUUUUCCUAUUAAAAGUUUUGUUUGUUUGUUUGUUUGUUUGGUGGAAGCUAAGAACCCUUGAUUAUCCAAUUAAACCUUGAAGAAACCUUUGUGUAUAUGUGUGUGUGUUUGUGUGUGUUAAUUGGGUAGGUGCAUGUUACAAGUUACAAAUCAUUAGGUUUUUCUUAAUACCGAGAACCUGUCUUUUCAGGAAAGGAAUGCAAGAUGAAAAUUUCUAAAGAGUUGAAAAGUCUUAAACAUUGGCUCAUGAACGUUAAGGUGAUGGAAUACGAAUCUAACAGCUGUUGUGUAAAGAUUACAGAAGUUAGUAACUUAUUUCAUGCACAUUUGAUGUUGAGUUAUAUAAUCAUUUGGUCCAGACUCGAUGCCAAUACGGUAAGACUUUCAUAGUGUAAUCUAUCACAUGAUGUGUCAUGUGGCGACUAAAAAAUAAAAAGGACUGUGUAUGAAACAAACUGUACAUGACACUGUGUUUAGCUCUUUAGAGCAGAUAAUACCGGAUUGAUAAAGAGGUCAAGAAGGGAAGGGAAACUUGUGAAUAAAGGAUGUUGAACUAAAAAUGAUAAUAAAAUAGCAAUGAUGGGUCAGUUUACAGGUCUUUGAGUGUCUUAAAAAGCCAGUUUUGUUCAUGAUACCACUGAACAUUGAAUUCAUAUUUGCACAAAAUUAACAUUAAAACAGCUUUUCAAGAAAGGGUCCUUCAUUAGAUUGAAAUUAUUGCAAAAGAAAAAUGUUCUUCUAGUGAUGAAAUAUAAAGGUUUGUUCACAUGAGGCUUCAUUAUAUUGUUUAAUCCAAUGAUUUGGGGGUUUGUUUGUUUUUUUGUUGGGUUUUUUUUUUUUUUU